GCAAAGACCAACUAAACUUUCCUUUCCCUGCAACUUCCUCCGCAUGAGAAGAGAGAUCGGAGCAGAAUUUCUUCCGACCCGGACCCAUGUCGUUCAAUCCGACCCAUAUGAUGGACUCGCAGACGGCGGCGGAGCGGGCGGUUUCCGUCAUCGGGUUCGGGUACGACUUGACGGCCGAUAUCCGGUUGUCAGCUUGCAAGCCCGGGCCAUCCGGGUCGGGUCUGAUCAACAUUCAACGGAGCUCCACCAAGGACUUGGUCCUUCCCGGCGGCGUCGUCGUCCCUAAUGUCUCGACCUCCAUCAAGUGCGACAAGGGUGAACGGACUCGGUUUCGCUCUGAUGCUCUGUCGUUCAGUCAGAUGUCUGAACAAUUCAAUCAGGAACUGUCUUUAUCUGGUAAAAUACCUUCGGGUCUAUUCAAUGCAAUGUUUGGUCACAAGGGGUGCUGGCAAAAGGAUGCUGCUGCCACGAAACUUCUUGCUUUUGAUGGAUGGUUUAUUUCCUUGUAUAACGUUGAGUUGGUGCGUAGCCAACUUGCUCUAUCUGAGCAAUUGAAAAGAGAGGUUCCUUCUUCUUGGGAUCCACCUGCCCUUGCUCAAUUCAUUGAAAAAUAUGGGACCCAUAUCAUUGUUGGGGUAAAGAUGGGAGGAAAGGAUGUAAUCCACAUAAAGCAGCUUCACAAUUCAAAUCUUGAGCCUGCAGAAGUGCAGAAAUUAUUAAAACAGUUAGCUGAUGAAAGAUUUUCAGACGAUGUAAAUGGAAACACGAUAUCAAACCCAAAUAAAUCUACAGAAAAUCAUAAGGAUCGAAGAUCUAUGCUUUUGGAUACUGGUUUACCAGUUGCAACUUCAAUGAGGCCCACUAUUCUUUCACACUCAAAGAGUGAUGACAUAGUAAGCAUCCAUAUCCGUCGGGGAGGUAUUGACUUUGACCAAAGUCAUAGCCAAUGGCUGUCUACAGUAUCACAGAAUCCUAAUGUUAUUUCAAUGUCCUUUGUGCCCAUUGCUUCAUUAUUAAGUGGUGUUUGUGGCAGUGGAUUCUUAGGUCAUGCAAUUAACUUGUACCUGCGAUACAAACCACCAAUAGAAGAACUUCAACAAUUUCUCGAGUUUCAGUUACCUCGGCAGUGGGCACCAGCAUAUGGUGAUCUUCCUCUUGGUCACCGUCGCAGGAAACAGAGUUCUCCAUCUUUGCAGUUUACUUUUAUGGGCCCGAAGCUAUUUGUAAAUACUGAGAAGGUGGAAUCUGGAAACCGGCCUGUGACUGGAAUUCGCUUGUACUUGGAAGGUAAAAGGAGUGAUCACUUAGCCAUACACUUGCAACAUUUAUCUACCCUUCCACAAAGUCUGCAACUAACGGAUGAUCUCACCUACGAGCCCUUUGAUGUGAAAACCGAGCGUGACUAUUUCGAACCCGUGAAGUGGAGCAUAUUCUCACACGUUUGCACGGCCCCAAUCGAGUACCAUGGGGCUCGGGUAGACGACGCUUCGAUAGUGACCAAGGCUUGGCUCGAGGUGAAGGCGAUUGGGAUGAAGAAGGUCUUGUUCAUGAGGCUCGGGUUUUCCGCGGUGGGGUCCGCCUUGAUCCGUAGAUCAGAGUGGGACGAGCCUCUGAGCUCGUCCCGGAAAUCGGGUCUCAUCUCAAUGCUGAUCACCACACCUUUCAGCACCACAAAGCUCAACCAACAUCCAGAGAAAGCUGUGAAAAUGGAUUUGAACUCAGCCGUUUACCCCGGGGGGCCACCUGCACCAGCAAGGCCUCCAAAGAUGACACACUUUGUGGAUACAAAAGAAAUGGUGAGAGGGCCCGAGGAGUCGCCGGGGUAUUGGGUGGUUACGGGUGCCAGGCUCUUCGUGGAGGACAGCAGGAUUAGAAUCAAAGUGAAGUAUUCACUGCUGACGAUAACAACAGAGGACUCAAAUCUUGUGAUAUGAUGAUUGUAAGGAAAUAUAUGUAUACAUGGUACGUUGUACAUUGCAUUGUGUACUAUUGGUGUUUGUUAAUGCAUGUGGUUGUGGGGGAUAUAGUAGAAGAUUGAUUGUUUGAUUAUGUGAUUAGCACCAAGUCUUGUGGCAGUAAGAAGUUUGUAAAGAAUUGGCACAAGUUCAAACUAAAGCCUUAAUUAAAUCAUGGGGCAAGG